CAAAGACGGUUCGGACGGCGCGAUGACUUCCGAUUACGAUAACUUGUUCCGGCUUUUAAAAAACUGAUUUUUGGUGGUGUGCGUUGGUACUUUGGCGUUUUGGAAGGUUGUCGGUGGGGGUUGGAGGGAAACUGCUUCACAUGGAAUAAAUAUAAAAUGGUCGUGAGGCCGGAUCACUUAUGGCGGUAGCGGGUUUGUUGAUGUUGGUGCUACCAUGGCUGGCGAACGCGCUGGAAGGAAUGACGGACGUUAGCCUACAGGUGGUCAGGCAGAACAAGGGGGACGUCUUCAAUCCGGAAGGCCAAAAAUCCUGCAAACCCGAAACCUGCGUGGGUCUGAGCAGCGGUACGGCUUCCGCCACCGCCCCAGCCGCUCCCUGCACCUGCCAGUGCCACCCUCACCUGCCGGCCUUCCGUGAAGACUUGCGGAUAUGCGUGGACGACAUUCACGAGUGCCUCCUGGCUCCGUUCGUUGGCGGCUCCACCUCCCAGGCCAUCCCUUUCGUGUUCCUCCCCCUCAAAGGCCAAAUCAUCCACCCCAGCAAGGAGAUCAGCUUCUCAGGUAUCCAAACGCCGGUGUGCGCCGUUUCCGGAGCCAAAUUCCUCACCGAAUCCGGCUGGGUGGACCUUCGCAAUCCCAUCGACACCGACGUCCCGUUCCGGCUCUUCCGCGAUGAGGGCCGCACUUUUCUACAGUGGGUCGGCGAGUCAGACCUCCGUACCAAGAUGUCCGGAAGACUCGUACUCGUCUACCUCAUGUGCCGGGAACUGGCCACGGCAGAGCCUCUCACACCCACGGGGUACACGCUUUUCUCGCCUUGCGUCGCUUUCCGAGUCGUGGGCUCGCCAACUAAAUACCUCAGCAACGUCAGCGAGGUGGCUUUCUCUACAGAUGCGCACUCCUCAAAUGGAAGUUCGAACAGGUUAAGCGUGUCCGAGUACGUCGCUAUUGGAACAUGUAGCGUGUUGCUCGGGCUCAUCUACGUGGCGUCGGUUUUUCUUUACGUACACUUGAGGAAAAGGAACAAGGAGUCUUCGCGGAAGUCCGAGAGUCAGAAUCUGACGAAUGCGGAAGAAGGGGUGGUGAAAAACAACCCCUUAUUAAGCAUGGCGCAUUUUCAAGCACCGGAUGCUCUAUACAGUGAUUCGACGAGCUCUGAUGCUGAGGUACCGGACGUGGUGCAGCACGGCGACGAGAAAAAGAACAAAGCACAGGUCACAGCUCUGAUCCACUCGCAGUACCAGCGGGUGCAGAAUUAUCUCCCUAGUACGUACUUGGAAGCCGUCCAUCAGGACACGUCUUCGAUCGAGAAGCUUCCGGAAGAGAACGUUUCAAUCGUAGAGACACUGGAAGGACGCGACGAACGCAUAGACUCUCUAAAAGCUCUUACAGGAACCGUACGGAGGAAACUCUACUUCAAUCCAGCCUACUUUGAACCACAGCUGUUAUUGGCGCCGCCCCCAGCCGCUCUCGAAUUUCUCGCCAAAAUCCGCGAAGUCAUCACCAUCGCCAAACAAAAAAUGGCGACAAAGAAAUUCUCGCCGAGCCUCAUGGGCAUCCCCGAGGAAGAAAACAGCUACGGCGUCGAUUCCGUCUAUGACAACCCCAAACCCACGAUGAGUCGACGCAGCAGCGUCAUCAGCCUCAAACGCGAGAACAGCAGGAGGAAAACGUGCACCGGUUGUCCGGGAUGUGAGCCGCAAAGUUUGCCCCAACUUUGCGGAAAACUCCACGAACUGACGACCAUCGGGCCCUGUCAGACCUGCAGUACCACCGACAGCAAGCAACGAAGUAUCCGGAAGUGGUUGGAGGAUGUGCCGAUUUUAAAGCAAGAGGUUGAAGAGGUGUACGGAAGAGCCCCCAAAAGGCUGAGGUCUCCAGCAAGGUCGCUUCCUGAUAGUGGUUCUCCGGCGGUGAGAGCCUUGUCGCCGAGAGCGGUCUCGGAAAGAGGAGGAUCUCCUCUAAGCGAGAAGAGUCGAAGGAUUUACAAACCGGACACGUCGCUACCGGUUCCAGUCGACGAGCACCAGUACGAUUCGGUUCCGACGGAGAAGAGCUCGAAAGGGGAUAUUAGUUUUCCGCCGCCGGAUAUCAUUCAUGAUCAGGAAGAGGUGCGGAUACCCACUCUCACGAAGAAGCAAAUGAAGGCGGUGAUCGAAGAACUGACAACGCAGAGAGGUAUCGGAACGGAUUCUAGUCCCGAAUCGUCGAAACGAAGGAUAGACUACGAGACCGACAGUCUCGAGCGAUCAGCGGCAAAUCAAGGCUUCAGCACUCCGACGGAAUACGGAGAGUUAUCCUCGCAACCGAGCCCCAGCUUGAGCGCCGCUUUACCGAUGGACGAAGAAAUGACGAUACGGAACGCUGUACUUAACAAGAAUCCCGGUAACAUGACCGUAGCUAAACUCGACCCAGACGCCCGCGACGACGAACAUGACUACGAACUCAUCGUGUUGAAGAAGGGGUCGCUGAAAAAACAGAACUUUUACAAACUACCAGAGCUACUGCAACGCAGCAACGGUUACAGUCUCGUUAGCGAGGUAUACGUGAACAACGGUUACAACUACGGCAGCGCCCCUUCCUCUCCUAGUGAUUCUAAUUGCUCGACGUUCGAGCGCCGCACGCUGAAGGUCCGCUACGAAGACGGCGAGAAACCCGGGAAGCUCCUCAUCGAAGUGAAAGACUGUGCCGACCACUACAUCCCAGUGCACGACUCCGACGGCUUCGAACCCGACACUUUGGACCGCAAACCCUCCAAACUCAAGUUCAAAAACGACUCGAAAUUCGACGACGAGUUCAUCGACUCGCUGGAACGGCCGUCGCGAAUUCUCCUCCGCAGCAAUGGCAGCUUCAAGAAAAACCCCUCCCCGCCUCCGCCGCACAGCGCCGGUAACUUCAACCGCGUCUUCGGCAGCCUUCGCGAGAUCUACGAGGCCAAAACUAAGCGGAAUAGGCAGGCCGAUGGGCGGUUGCUCACUCUGGAGGAGCGCCACUGCAAGCGCCAGCGCCGCCUCACGUGCCUCGCCAAUGUCGUGCCCCCCGACUUGAUCCCGCCGCCACCGCACGACGCUUCGCCCAUCUAUGAGAGGCCCAAGCCGCCCCGGAAGGUCGUUCCCGACGACGACAAACCGCCGCUACCGCCAAAAAACGUGAUUGGCAGGAGUGCCAGCAGCGGUGUGGAUAAGGUUGGCACUCCUGACGCGACGUGGCGCAAACAGGAGGAUCCGGGCUAUCUCAGCGAUUCCAGUGGUUCCCCGAAGGCAAAGAGCGACAGCGAAGACAGCGUGGACGGGCACAGCGAGUCCGGGGCGGAGAGCGUCGAAACGCAUUCGGUAUUCUUCGGGAGUUUUCGCAAACCAAGUUGUGUCGCCUACGGGUCGAUGGACAGCGGUGUCGACAGCAUGAAGGAGCCGCUGAGCAAAAUACUUAUAGUUAGUGAGUUUUCUUAGUCGCCAUUUUCUCUCUCUUCACGUCCUGUGUGAUAUAGGUUAAGCGGGCCGGAAGUGCAAUAUUAGGUAGUAGUAGGUUGGUAGGUCGGCAACACUGACUGCUGUGAAGACAGCUACAGCCAAAUAAUUUAGGAUAGGUUUAAAGUGCAAUGUAAUCGAGUACCUUAAGGCAACGCGUGCAAUAUUCACGUGCAAUAUUUUUUUAUGUAGUAUUUAUGUUUUAUAUAUAUAGAUAUAUUUAUUGUAGACGUAGGAGUCAACACAUGUAUAUAUGAAUUUGCAGAUGGCGUAACGUGCAGCUUCCACGUACCUGUGUUGUAUAAAGUUGGGAUUUGGGGGCCGUACUGCAUGUGGUGGGACGGUUAGGGGUGAUGGGGUUAAGCGGUUAC